AGUCUCAUUCAGGCAACGUCUGAUAUCGGAUCGUCGUGAUAAAAUUUUGCAAAAGAAAACAAUAUGAAGUUUUCAGAGAUUUUUCAAUUAAAGAGAUUUUGGCUUAUACUUGGAAUACACAUUGUAAUUCUCUUCGGGGUACUGGGAUUGUAUUCAAAGAAUUCCCAGGAUGGUAUCUUUCCAGAAGAUUUCCUCUUUGGUUCAGCUUCAGCUGCCUAUCAAGUAGAAGGAUACUCAAAAGCAGAUGGAAAAGGUCCUAGUAUAUGGGAUGAUUUAGUAGAAAAUCACCUGGAUUUAGUGCUAGAUCAUCGUAGUGCAGACAGUGGACCAGAUUCAUACAAAUUCUACAAGGACGAUGUGCGAGUCCUUAAGGAAAUGGGAAUGCAAAUGUACAGAUUCUCCAUUGCAUGGUCCCGUAUUAUGCCAGACGGAGACUUAUCGUCUCUCAAUGAGGCUGGAUUGCAAUACUACAGUAACCUGAUUGAUGAACUCCUGGCUAAUGAUAUCAUACCCAUGGUAACGAUGUACCAUUGGGAUCAUCCUAGGAAUAUACAAAAACUAGGAGGUCCACUGAAUCCGCUCUUUGUGGAUUAUUUUAGAGAGUAUGCAAGGGUACUUUUUGAAAGAUUUGGGGAUAGAGUCAAAUAUUGGAUUACAAUCAAUGAACCCAGUAUCUUUUGUACCUAUUCCUACACUACAGAAGAUUGGGGUGCAGCAAUUAAUGUGACAGGUGGGGAAUACUAUUGUGCACAUCAUUUGCUUAUUGCACAUGCGACAGUUUACAGAAUGUAUCAGAAUGAAUUUUACUCUAAGCAAGGUGGAAAAGUAGGACUGAGUCUUCAUUCUCGAGGGUAUUUACCUAAGAAUCCGGAUAGUUCUUCUGACAGAGAAGCAGCACGAAUAGGAUUCCUCACAGAUCUAGGCUGGACAGCUCAUGCAAUUUUCUCUAUAACCGGUGGCUAUCCUUCCGUUCUGGAGAAAUUUGUGGCUGAGAAAAGCAAAAGGGAAGGUAGGGCUUGGUCUAGAUUGCCGCAAAUGAGCCUUGAUACUGUCAAACUUCUCAGAGGUUCGGCAGACUUCCUCGGCUUAAAUUACUAUACAAGUCGGUUGGUUGAGAUGGAUCCAAACCCCUUUAAUGGUAAAGCUUUUAUACUUAACGAUACGCGUAUUAUUCAGUCACGGGCUGCCCAUUGGCCAAGAGCCAAAUCCGAAUGGCUGUAUUCAGCUCCUGAAGGAUUUAGAGAACUUCUUAGGUGGAUUAAAAAGGAAUACAAUAAUCCUGAUGUGAUUAUCACAGAGAAUGGAUGGUCUGAUGAUGGUCAGUUGGAUGAUAUAGAGCGAAUUGAGUAUUUGAAGCGACAUUUGAAGGAAAUUCUUGGUGCAAUUCAGCAAGAUGGGUGUAAUGUUAAAGGGCAUACGACUUGGAGUAUAUUGGAUAACUUUGAAUGGAUGCAGGGAUUCACGGAGAAAUUUGGCAUUGUCAGCUGGGACGAAGAGUCACCCAGAAGGGAGAGGAGACCCAAGAAGAGUGCUUCAUUUCUCAGGCAGGUCAUCAGAACUCGACAAAUUCCACAAUAGAAUCACUGAUUUAUACUUCAACGCAUGAAUAAAUGCUGAUCAGCAACUAUGCAACACAUUACUCAUGCACAUCCUCCCUGAAGACCACUAGUUUUAAUUUACAUGAAAUUGCUCUCAUAGAUCGCCUCAAUGGGGUGGGCUAUAUAAUCGGAUUUUAUUCAUGCCGGCU